GUUUUGCUCCAUUUAAAAAAGUAGUUAAGACAUUUGGGCAAACGUCUCCAACCGUCCAAAAUGAACUCAGACGAUAACACAACCGAGUCAACCCAAAACUCGGACUGGGCCGAGUUAACUCACGAAUGCUUGAUCAACAUCCUCUCACGCCUUCCAUUGGAUGACCGAUGGAAGGGACCCAUGCUCGUCUGCAAACCAUGGAUGGAAGCUUGCAGAGACCCUUGUCUCAACAACUCGCUCGAUCUCGAACCCUACUUCGAGUCAUCCACUGAGUCAACUCGUUGGUGGACUCCCGAGUUCCAGAGGAAGAUUGAUGCGAUUCUCAAAGCCGUUACCGAUUCCAGUGAUGGGUCAUUGAAGGAGAUCCAUGUUAGGCAUUGCUCUGAUCACGCUCUCAUUUUUGCUGCUCAAAGAUGCCCAAAACUCGAGGUCCUUUCGAUCAAAAGCAGCCAGAGUGUCUCUGAUGCGGCCGUGACUGAGGUAGCCAAGAGGUGCCCUAUGCUGAAAGAACUCGAUAUUAGCUUCUGCCAUGAAAUCUCCCAUGAAUCUCUAUCAUCAAUAGGGAGAAACUGUCCUAGUUUAAAGGUACUUAAACGCAACUUCAUGAACUGGUUAGACUCUUCCCAACAUAGGGGAAUUGUACCAAAUGAAUACCUCGAUUCUUGUCCACAAGACAAUGACUCUGAAGCUGCUGCUAUUGGUAAAUUCAUGCCCAAUUUGGAGCAUCUCGAGCUUAAAUUUUCUAAGAUGACAGGUAAAGGCCUUGCUUUGAUUUCAGAAGGCUGUGUAAACCUGGAAUAUUUGGAUCUGAAUGGGUGUGCAAACAUGACCAGUCGUGAUAUUGUAAAUGCAUCCUCAAAUUUGAAGAAGUUGAGGACAGUUAAGAGGCCGAACUUUUACAUUCCAAGAUCGGUUUAUCACACCGAAAGGUAUGGUCAUUGGAGUUUGUAUGAUGAACGGUUUCAGACAGACGUGUUUAGGAUAUAAAUCAUGGCCCUGGGUCGCAAAUAUGAUGUAUUGUUCUUCUCUUUGCAAUGUUUGUUUUAUCAUGUAAAGCAUAUAUCUGUAAUUGUUGUUGUAUAUUUGUUAAAUGGUCAAACUUGUGAUGUGAUUUGAUCAUGGGAUUUCUUCAAGACUAUAUACUUGAUGAUACUAGUUCUUUCGGUUGUCUGAAGGAAAUGUUAACUGGUCAUGUAUUGGUGUUGUUAUAAACCCAUUUCUGUUAUGUUCAAUUUUUAAGGAAUUAUGUACUCCGUAUUGUUCAAUUA